AUGCUGUGGAUUUUACUUUUUGCUCUCUUCUCUUUUGCUUGGGGGAGUCUGGAAGAGACUGAAGACUUGAAUCAUCCUGGCACGUUCUCUUGUGGACUAAGGAGUUUUCAGUUUACACUUCCUCUUCUAAGUCAGUAUGGAAAGAACCCUGGACUAAUAGCUUGGGACGACCAAGGGAUGCUGCGCUCUCUGCAGAACGAUUCAAGCUGUGGGACUUGGAUCACCUACAGCUCACUCGAGUCUAUCCAGCUAGAAGCUUCCUAUUCUGGAUGUUAUGUGACCAAAUGGGAUACCUAUUACAUAAUGCCGAUUGGGGUCUCGGGCCUAGAUGCUGAUGGAAGUAAGACUGUUCACCAGGUGAAGGUGCUCAAGUGUUCAUUCACUCUGCCAGCCCUAGAUGCUCCAGGUCUUGACCUGUGUGAUGUCAAAGCUUGGGACAGGCUGUCCUGUGCCAUUUCAUCCAUCACCAAAGGAGACUGUGAGAACCUAGGCUGCUGCUAUAGCUCUGAAGACGAAGUAAAUCCUUGCUACUAUGGAAACACAGUGACUGCCCAGUGCACUCCAGAUGGCCAAUUGUCUGUUGCGGUUUCUCAGAACGUGACUUGGCCAUCAUUGCUUUUGGAUUCAGUACAUUUGGUUUCUGGAGUAGAUGCUAAAUGUGAUCCCAUGGAGAAAAAUGAUGCCUUUGUCCUGUUCCAGUUUCCACUAUCUGCCUGUGGCACCAUCCUACAGAUGAUUGAUAAUCAGGCAAUAUAUAAGAAUGAGCUACUGGCAUCUAGGGAUGUGAGAAACUGGACCCGUGGGUCAAUCACUAGGGAUAGCAUCUUCAGGCUUCAUAUCAGCUGUAGCUAUUCCAUAAAAGGUGACAUGCUCCCAGCUACUAUCCAGGUUGUCACCCUCCCCCCACCACUUCCUGUUACCAAGCCAGGGCCUCUGGCUCUGGAAAUGCAAAUUGCUAAAGAAGAGCACUAUAGUUCCUACUAUGUGGCCACUGAAUACCCAGUAACAAAGCUACUUCGGCAGCCAAUUCAUGUGGAGGUUCGGAUCCUACGAAGAACAGACCCAGAUCUGGUUCUACUUCUACACCAUUGUUGGGCAACCCCCAGUACCAAUCCUCAGUAUCCAAUACAAUGGCCCAUCUUAGUGAAGGGAUGUCCCUAUGAAGGAGAUAACUACUGGACAAAGAUGGUAUCCAUACCAAGAAAUUCAACACCACGGUUUCCUUCUCACUACAAGCGCUUCAUCAUCCACACCUUUGCUUUCAUGGAUUCUGCUUUUAAAAAGGCACUCAUGGGACCGGUAUAUCUACACUGCAAUGCCUCUGUCUGCCAGCCCUUGGGGGCAGACUCUUGCACAGUAACCUGCCCUGUGGGAACUAGAAAAAGGAGGAACUCUGAGACCCAUCCUUGGAACAAGACUUCAAAUGUUUCUAGCAAGGGGCCUAUAUUUUUGCUUCAAGAUGCUGAAGACUCCUCUCAAUCAGGUUCAGUCCUGGACAUAAGAAUGCUCUGGCUUAUUCUAUCUGGGACCCUAAUUGUGGCAAUAUUGUUGAUAUCCUUCCUAGCACUGAGGAGAUGGAAGUAA